AUGCAGCCAGCUGAAAGCGCAGAGAACACCGACACAAUCAACUUGAGCUACCCUUCAAUUACCAUCAAUCCAUAUAUACCCCAGGAUCACAUUGUCAAUCCCCACAAUUUCAGCUACAUUCUCAAUCCGAAUUGGAACGUGUGUCAAGGCAAUGUUUACGUCAUUGUAUACGUUCACUCAGCUCCUGCCUACUAUCAACGUCGUGUUCUCAUUCGCGAGACAUGGGCUACGCGAAAUCUCUUUCCAGAAAUUCGCCUCGUCUUCAUGCUCGGUCAAAUGAUCGACAACAAGAUCAUGCAAGCGGUCAAAUUCGAAAAUGAUUUGUAUCAAGACAUUGUUCAAGAAGACUUUCUCGAUUCCUACAGAAAUUUAACGUAUAAAGCAGUGAUGGCAUUGAAAUGGAUAUCGACCUAUUGUUCGCAAGCAAGUUAUAUUUUGAAAACUGAUGAUGAUAUGAUUGUGAAUACAUUUACGCUUCUUAAGCAUUUGAAGUUUCUCGAUAGCUACCAAAUGAAACAGAAUAACUCAAUAUUUUGUCAGAUAUAUGAAUCUGUGAGUGUAUUUAGAAACAAAAAUAUAAAAUGGUACUUGUCAGAGAAAGAGUAUCCACCCAAGAAAUUUCCAUCUUUCUGUAGUGGCUCUGCCUUCAUUCUAACCAAUGAUCUGGCCAAAACUAUCUACAAUAUGAGCCUGUACGUACCUUUCUUGUGGAUCGAUGAUGUUUACAUAACCGGUUUAGUAGCCCAAGCAGUUAAUGUCACGUUUAAUCAGUUGAAAUCUCUUUAUACAUUGAAGGAUGAUUUAGUCUACAGGCGGUUUACAGCCUUACAAUCAUUCUACUCAGCGAUGUUCGGUCAUCUUUCAAAUUCACUGAGCAUAAAGCGUAAAAUUUGGCAACACAUACUCACUAUGCAUACACAUAGUAAUUCAGAACAAUAUAAAGCAAUGACACUCGAUGCGAAUAAAAAUUGA